UGCCGUCUACAUAAAUACGAAUUUGUUAUUGAAUGUGCAAAAGUCUACGAUUUUCGUCCCACGGUUUUGUUUCGUUUUGUUCUGUUAUCCUUGGUGUGUCGUGCCUCGCUCUUCUGUGCUGCCCCUCUCUCUUUCUAUUGCCAAUGGGUUUGGUUUGUGUCGCCGCUCUCCCUCACUCUUUCUCUCUCUCUAGCUGCAUCUGCCAACCCUCUGUUGUGUUGCUUUUUCUGCCAGAUGUGUCUUCGACUCUUAUACGGGUCCCGUUAAAUGUUUUGAGUGUGCGGCCCACGGUGGGCAUAGAAAUUAUUUACAAGAAAUCAUCAGAGAAUAUUCUCGAAGGGCUUUCAAGCGAAAUAAAUUCGAUAGAAGAGCGAUAGAUUCCACCUGAACAAAAGACUGCAAUCUGCCUUAACCGGAGAAGGAGAAGCGGUGGAUGAGGAGCCCAGAUCCGGAAAACAGAAUCUGAAUCCGGCACGAUCCGGCAACGGUGGCGAUCCAUACGCCAUGAGUUCAUUCAUCGAGCUGCUGGGACUGUUUAUGCUGCUGAUGUUGCCCUUUCUGUACGAGACGAAUCACAUCUUUCGCUAUUAUUUCAAAUUCCUCAUCUACUACGGCAUCGUGUCGUUCAACGCGAUCGUACUCAUACCGGCCUUCCUCACACGCCCCUGCGAUGUGCGCAAUCUGCUAUGGGCCAGCACCUGGUGUCAUCGCGUGACAACGUUGAUUGGGUUGCGCUGGGAGCUGCGUGGCAAGGAGCAUCUGGCCAAGGACCAGGCCUGCAUCAUUGUGGCCAACCAUCAGAGCUCGUUGGAUGUGCUGGGAAUGUUUAACAUCUGGCAUGUGAUGAACAAGUGCACGGUGGUGGCCAAGAGGGAGCUGUUCUACGUGUGGCCGUUCGGCCUGGCCGCCUGGCUGGCCGGCCUCAUAUUCAUCGAUCGCGUGCGAGGCGAGAAGGCGCGCGAGAUCCUGAACGAUGUGAAUCGACGCAUUAAGAAGCAGCGCAUCAAGUUGUGGGUAUUCCCGGAGGGCACGCGUCGCAACACCGGCGAACUGCAUCCGUUCAAGAAGGGCGCCUUCCACAUGGCCAUUGACCAGCAGAUACCGAUACUGCCCGUGGUCUUUAGCUCCUAUUGCACAUUCCUCAACGACAAGAAGAAGAUACUCAACGCUGGACGGAUAGUGAUCACCACACUGCCGCCGGUCAGCACCGAGGGCCUGACCAAGGACGACAUCGAUCCGCUCAUGGAGCGUGUGCGCGCCCAGAUGAUUGAAACUUUCAAGCUAACCUCUGCGGAGGCCCUGGAGCUGCGCUACAAUCCGCUCAAGUCCUCACCGCUAGCUCCAUCGUCAUCAGCAGCGUCAGCGUCGGAAGGCGUCCUGCCGCCAGGGGCAGAAGUAGAGGCAGCGGCUGUGGCUGCUGCCGCCUCUGUCGCUGUGGCCAGCAGCGGUUCGAGUUACGCGCCGCUUCAUGUGGGAGCCGCAGCAGCAUCGGCCACCUACGAGACGUACAAGAGCGGCGCCACAGCCGCCAAGGCAACCAUGCUAAAAACGCUCUAGACUUAGAGGUAGAUGCUGCGGAAACGAAGCUACUCAACCCGAUAGCCGAUAGGAGAUAUCCAGCUUUUAAUCUUAUCUCACACUUGACACACACACACACACACACACACACUUCAUAAAUGCAUCCAAGUAGAUGAUUAUCCAAGGCUUAUCCAGGCACCAGUAUUAGGAGUAUUAUUAGGAGCAGCAAUAACCAAAUUGCGAUUCAAUCUUCGACUGUCAGACAUAAUAUUCUUCUUCGAAACCAAAAACAAAACCAAAAAAACCAAACACCAAAUUCAACACUAUGCAACAUGACUUCAAGACACAGUUUCAAGACCUACUUCCACAUAGGCAACAAGCAAGCAACAAUCCAAUCACACAAGUCUUGCUUCUAAUGAGCACCGUAGGAUUUUCUACUAUAAAAACUCCAAUCAAAAAUCGCUUCAAUUGUAUACGUUAAUAGGAAACGCAGAUAGAACGAGAUUAUAUAUUUUAGUACAUUACUCAAUCCUUAAAUAUAAAAUUGGAUUUGAUUUAAAUUUAAAAUGGCGCGAGCUAUCCAGACCAUCGCAUUAUUCUAUUCAAUGCGGAAAAAAUUAAGCCAAAGUAAAUGACCAAAAGCAAAUCGCAAAAAGUUGCAAAUUGACUGUCAAAUCGCAAAAGUGCGUGCUUCGGUUUUAGCAAAUCGUAAGAUUCCUACGAUUCAAAAUCGGUUGUUUGUGAUUUCAAAAAAGAAAUGCAGAAAAUUAUUUUCGUAUAUUUUUAUAUGCAGUUAAUGUAUUUAUUUCAAAUCAGACCUCAAAUUUUACUUCGAGCAAGUAAACCAAACAAUAAGAAAUUGCGAGUUGCCGUUCACAGUCAAAAUAUCGAUUUUAGAUGUCAUCUGUUUCUUAAUUCAAGAAUUUUUCGGCUUGGUACUGAAAUACUUUAAUUGUCCAAAGAAAAGUAGCUUUCUUUUAAACAGUUUUAGCCAAGUUGCAUACAUCGGAGCACACAAAAGCAUGGCUGUAUAUUUUGUGAUUCUGUUUCUGUUAGUAAUUGUCUGCGUGCGUGGUUGUAAUAAAUUAGGCGGCACUAUCUUCAAAAAUGUUCAACAAAGACAAACAAAACUCGUUUGGCCACAGUCCUGUUCCCGUUUCUGAGUGAUCGAAACCCAUCUCAUAUGCCAAGUACUUUUAGUUGAAAUUUCAACAUAUUUAGAUGAUUCCUUCCAGAGUUCGCCCAUAGCAAUCUCUUAAAUAUUCUCGACCUAGCUCCGAAGGGUGUAAAUUCGACACAUAUAAUAGAAUUAAACUGUAUUGUAUUUACGAAUAUUGUAAUUUUAAAGAUUUUAAUGUUUAUCUAUAAAACUUUUAUUUCAAAAUGGACUCUAUAUGGGUUCCUUCUGUGCAAAAUAUCCUCAUAAAAACCAGGUGAUUCAGAAACACCCAUUCAAAAGGGUUUUAGAAUUGCUAAACCCUUGCAAUGUAGUCGGAAAUCGGAACAGGAAUAUUUAUACCUUUAUGGUAUACAGGAUAACAGGAUACUUUUUGUUGCUUCUUUCCGAAAUUCGGAUUAUUAGACAGCAAAAUAAGUUUUAUCCCAAAAAUUGUGUGGUUUUAAAUAUAAAAACCGGAUCAAGCUUGAUUCCUUGAAAUCGAAAAGUCAAUCGUAAACCGAACUUAAAUAAUUAUAUAUGGCAAUCCUGGUGAAUUCUUGACAAUUCUGCAAUUUUGAUCUUG